UGGAACAUCGAACCAGUUAAGUUUGCUAUUGUGACUAAAAAUGGUGCGAAAUUUGAAGACUUAGACAUAGAAGGUUUGUUAGCAGUCAAAGAAAAUUUUGACAGAAGGUUCUCAAACCUUAAAGAAGGCAAAGCAUACAAACUUGUUAUACCUUAUGAACCAAAGAAGACAGACGACUAUGAAUAUUAUGAGUCUAAGAUAGUUGAAGUUCAAGGUAAAUUGGGUAAAAAGAUUUUAGAGUCUAAGCCAGUGUUUGCUCCUAAAGAGGAAGAGAACAUUGACAUUGACCCAGAAAUGUUCUAA